CCGCAGGUAACCCCUCGAACUCCAUUAAUGGAGGUCAAACACUCGCCCCUCCCCUUCCUCCUCCUCCUCCUCCUCCUCCUCUUCCUACUCCUCAUCUCUGCCAUGGCGAUCGCCGUGGAAUCUCGGGGAUCGCCCCGCGGAGGAGGCGGCGGAGGUAGAUCGCCGGCGGCGGCGGCGGCGGCGGAAAGGCUGCGGUUCCGGGGGAGGAGCGGGGAGUUCAAGGUGCUACAGGUCGCGGACAUGCACUACGCCAAUGGGAGGACGACGGGGUGCCUCGACGUGUUCGCCUCCCAGAUGGCGACGUGCUCCGACCUCCACCACAACACCACUGCGUUCCUCUCCCGCGUCAUCCGCGCCGAGAACCCCGAUCUUGUCGUCUUCACCGGCGACGACAUCUUCGGUUUUGAUGCCACUGAUGCGGCCAAGUCGUUGAAUGCAUCAUUCGCACUGGCUGUGGCUCUUAAGCUUCCCAGGGCAGCUGUGCUCGGCAACCAUGACCAGGAGUCUACAUUGUCCCGCGAGGGUGUGAUGCGCCACAUCGUAGGCAUGCCAUACACCCUAUCACGCCUCAACCCAGGUCAAUGUGGCAUGGAGAUAGACGGCUUCGGCAACUACAAUUUGGAGGUCCACGGGCCCGAGGGCUCGGUGCUUGCCAACAAGUCGGUGCUCAAUCUCUACUUUGUUGAUAGCGGUGAUUACUCCACUGUGCCCUCCAUACCUGGCUACGGCUGGAUCAAGCCAUCCCAGCAGCUCUGGUUCCAGAGGACCUCCUUAGAAAACCAGAGAAAGUACAUGAGCGAACCACAUGCACAAAAGGAGCCGGCGCCUGGUCUUGUGUACUUCCAUAUCCCGUUGCCCGAAUACAGCAGCUUUGAUGCUUCUAACUUUACAGGAGUGAAGCAGGAGGGCAUCAGCUCAGCCUCAAUCAACUCAGGUUUCUUUUCCACCAUGGUAGAGGCUGGAGAUGUGAGGGCUGUUUUCACGGGGCAUGACCAUCUGAACGACUUUUGCGGUAAGUUAACUGGUAUUUACCUCUGCUAUGCUGGUGGGUUCGGCUACCACGCCUAUGGGAAGGCUGGGUGGUCAAGGAGGGCGAGGGUGGUUUCUGCAUAUCUAGAAAAGACGGCAGAAGGCCAGUGGGAUGGGGUGAAGUCGAUCAAGACAUGGAAGCGCUUCGAUGAUGAGUAUCUUUCUACAAUUGAUUCCCAGGUCCUCUGGAGUAAAGGCUAUAACGGGAGGCGCAGGAAAAUACCGGUCGGGAGUUGAGAUCGGUUCAGACCGAUGGGAAAAGGAAUGGCCGAAAAGAAGUGCUUCUAUUGCGAAUCCAGUGCAGGUGAAAUAAAGAGGUUUCUUCGACGACAACUUGUUUAUGGCAACAAGGUAUGUAAAUCACUGUAUAUUGUAGGAAGGUAUCACCCUUCUUUCGCAACGAGAUUUGUGCUCUUAGUCGCAGGAAGUUGCAAGUUACUACUGGUUAAGUGCACAAGAAGAGGAGGUUCUUUGUCUGUGUGGAAAGAAUCAUAUUCAAAAGAUAUUUACGCACUAUUUGGAUGCAUAAAUAUAUUUUUUGGACUGUUUCCAUAA